CAAUUAUUUUGCCCUACCAAAGCAUUCUCCAGCUGCCGUCAGUCAUCGAUGCCGCCGCAUCGCAAACCGCCACAAUGCUGUAUGAGAUGAUUGGAAUAGUACGACCCGGCAACGUCGCCGAGGUCAAAGAGAUCGUCCUCACCGUGGGCCAGCUGGUCCUCCGCAACGGCGGCGUGGUGCGGUCGGUGGACAACUGGGGCGUGUUCGCGCUGCCGCGGGCCAUAUCCAAGGCGCAGAAGCUGCACCACAACGGGCACUACUUUGCGAUGCGGUACGACGCGUCCACCAAGGCGCAGGGCAUCAUCCGCAGCACCAUGAACCUCGACGUGCGCGUCAUCCGGGCGACCAACGUCAAGCUCGGGGACGGCAAGCUCGACUCGCUCAGCCGGUUCGGGCAGAUCAGCUGGACGAACUCUGCGCAGUAAGGGGGUGGGUGUGGCUGUGGGGGCAAGAAUUGUGUCGUGUCUCCCGGGACGGGGGGCGAGGCAGAGGCGCUCGACCAAGCGUUGGGAGAGGAGGAUAGAUUGUGGGGCCGGACGGCGAGAACCGCCGCGAGAUUCGAGGACCACCAUGAUAUAUGGGUGUGUUGAGACCCUGGGCUGGGGGAAACGGCAACAGCAUGGGAAAAUGCACAUGUGGAAUAGAUGGCAGCUAGAAGGGCUGGCAGAGCGAGAUACCCUGUCUACCAGUGUAUGAUAUUCCGGAUCAAAGGCUCUAGAGGAGGCCAGAACCUAGCCAUGCAACUCUAUGAGAUGAGAGUGCAGAGAGAGACUGGCAUUACGGCAACACAGCUUUAUUAGACCAGAGGAUACACACACAUACCGACAUAUCGUGCCCAAAUUGCUCUCAUUCUUGAUGCAUGUGUCCACUCAAG